CAUUUCAGCUAAAGGCUGAGAAGAUGAGUUUCCUGGCAAAUUUAGAAUUGAGCUUUGCUGAAUGUAUCAUAGAUGGAGGAAAAGCCACCCUUGGAGUCAGGCAAAGGGCAGGAAUGGACCCUGUACAGCGGAUGAGACAGAAUGAGGUCAUCUCACAAGCAGUGUGUGCUCUGCUGAAUUCCGGUGGGGGAGUGGUCAAGGUUGAGAUUGAGAACGAAGACUAUAAUUAUGAGUGUGAUGGAGUGGGCCUGGAUCUGCCGCCAUUGUUCAGAAACCAUUUAGAAGAGAUGCUGCAUGGGAAGCUCUUCCUAAUAUUUGUGAAUUCGUGGAACGUGGCAGCCUCAGGCGUGCGGCUCGCCACCUUGUGUUCCAAUUUGUACCACAGAUGUGGAACAUCUACGGAGGUCAUGGAUUCUCUAGAAGCUCUACUAUUCUUUAGAAGAAGGGUCCAGGCUCUUGGGAAUGUUGAUGAUCCCAACUCGUUAAAUCCACAGGAAUCUCCGGUUGAUAUUCAGAUGACCUUAGCUUCUGCUUUAUUUGGUGAACAGCAGCUUCAGUACCUGGAAAAACUCAACUUUACAGAGUCCCCACACGUUGUAUUUCAAAUGUUCUCGGUAGACCUUGUCCAGGGCAUUAAAGAGAGACUCCCCAAGUGUGUUUCUGCACUUGCCAAUUCUGAAGGGGGAUAUGUGUUUUUUGGUGUGCACGACGAGACCAGUCAAGUCAUUGGAUGUGAAAAGGAAAAAGUAAAUCAUUCCAGCUUGUUGGCUAUGAUUAAUGGCUGUAUCAGGAAGAUGCCUGUCCAUCACUUCUGUUCACAGGCCCAUAAAGUGCAGUGUGACCUCAAAUCCCUUGAAGUGUAUGAUAAGGGGGUCCUCCGUGGGUAUGUCUGUGCAAUCAAGGUGGACCGGUUCUGCUGCGCAGUGUUUGCCAAGGCGCCUGAUUCCUGGGAGAUGAAGGACACUCAGAUGAAACAGCUAGCCAUGAAGGACUGGGCAGCUUGGAUGACAGAAACUGACUCAGAGCUUUCCAGUUUUCCUCAGAUGGUCAUCUCGAGAAGUAUGUUAGACACCACACCCCGCAGCAGGACUGUGUACAGACAUAAGAAUUUGAAAUGUGUCGAAGAAUUGCAGAAGGAUUACUUCCCAGUGCAACCCGACAGGAUUACAUAUACCCCAGAGAGCAUCUACAAGGACCUCGUCUCAGAACACAAAGGACUACGAAACUUAAUAAAUACGGAAAUGCGCUCUUUCUCUCAAGGGACACUGAUUUUCUCCCACAGCUGGGCUGUGGACCUGGGUCUUCCAAGGAAGCAGGGUGUCAUCUGCGAUGCGCUUCUAAUUUCCCCAAAUAAUGUUCCAAUCCUGUACACCAUUUGCAACAAGUGUGAUCUGGGAUACAGGUGGUAUUCUAUGACAGUUGCCCGUACCCUGAAGCAGAGGUUGGUGAACAUGGGUGGAUACCCUGGGAGAUUAGGUAUCAUUCCCUUGGUCUGCCAGCUGGGUCCUGAUCAAAGAGUAAGGACUAGUUUAGAAAUGCCCAUUUACCCCGAAUCCUACAACUUCACAACCGUGCAGCAGAUGGAAGCUCUGUUGCAAUCCCUUGUGAUCGUCUUGUUUGGGUUCAGAUCCUGCUUAAACUGGAGAGUUAAACUCUGAGGUGGUGACCUUACUCACGGACCCAACAGUAUCAGUUGCUUUUAAAAGGAUCUUUGCAAGAGCAGGGAGCUGUUUGUUCAUGGCUCUCCCGGAUCAGGGAAGACCACUCUCGCUCUCAGGAUCAUGAGGAAGAUUAGGAAUGUGUUCAGCUGUCCAGUUGGCAACAUUCUCUACAUCUGUGAGAAUCAGUCUUUGAAGAGGUUUGUGAGCAAGAGAAACAUCUGCAAGGCAGUGACACGGAAAACCUUCAUGAAAAACACCUUUGCUAACAUUCAACACAUCGUCGUGGAUGAAGCUCAGAAUUUCCGAACCGAAGAUGGGGACUGGUACAUGAAGGCAAAAUCCAUCAUCCAGCGAAGGAGAGAUGAUCCAGGAGUUCUCUAUGUUUUUCUGGAUUACUUUCAGACCAACCACUUGUGUUGCAGUGGUCUCCCUGACCUCCAGCAACAGAAGCCAGUACUGAAGCUCACCAGGAUGCUCCGCAAUGGAGACAACAUAGUCAACUACCUACUAGAUAUAAUGCAGCAAAUCAGUGUUAAUCCUCCCCCGAAUGUGCCCCAGGAGGCCCUGAAGAUGAACCAAGAACUUGAAUGGGCUUCAGGUGUCACAGGCACUUUAGAGAAGGAUGACUUGAAUUUGGAGCGGAUGGCAAACUUCGUAGCAGAGAAGUGCCAGCGUCUCUGGAGGUCUGGCUAUUACCCCAGGGAUGUUGCUGUUCUUUUCAACAAAAGCAGAGAUAUAGAAAAGUGUAAAGAAAAGAUUCUUCUAGCAUUGAGGAGGAGGAGCGUGUCUCAGUUCAGUGGGGAAUCCAGUUUUGUAGUGCAGGUCAGGGAGGAGUUGGAUGCUCUGGGUAAUCACGUCACAUUGACUAGUGUCCACCAAUUUUCAGGCAUGGAAAGAAGCAUAGUGUUUGGGAUCAUUCCAGUGGGAUCUGAGACAGCCAUUUUCUGCAAUCUGUUGCUCUGUCUGGCUUCCAGGGCAAGAACCCAUCUCUAUAUUAUAAAGGUUUCACUUUGAUAGGAAGAUACCAAUUUUCAAUUAGGUAGAGUUGGUCUCUAGAUGAAUUUGAAACUCUUUGAUCUAAACAUUUAAAUACCAAAAUACUUAAUAUACAGUCACCUGCGAAGUCAUGUACUCUUUUCAAUGCUAGGGGCAAGUACAAGUGUGAAGAAUUCAGACAGUAGUAAGAGACAUCAGGGUAAUUAGCUGGCACUGAGAUCUCUCUCUCU